AUGCAGGGAAUGGAGGAGCCCUCAGCCUACCAGGCUGCUGAAUCGUUGGGGGUCCCUCAUGGGAACUAUCCUUUGCACGAGGCCAGCUCCACGAGAGGUAUGAUGCAGGGGAGUUACCAGGGGAGUUACCAUCCUUGCGAACAAGACAAGGAUGAGGCACAGGACAGGUGCAGCACAGGGGCUGCAACACGGAAGGCGAUCCUGAAUGCAGACAUCGCACUCAAGAUCUACUCGUCGAGGAACUCCGACUCGCUCUUCAAGACCGCUGAGAGCGCGGUGAUAGCACGGCACUUCAGUAUCAGCUCCAAGGCAGUGCGAGAUAUCUGGGACAGGAGGACUUGGGCACACGUGACCAUGCCACUCUGGACUGACGAGGAGAGAGCUGAGUAUGAGAGCAUGAACAAGCGAGCUCCUGGCAGGCCGGUCGGAGCGAAGGACUCGCGUCCCAGGAAACGCAGGAAGGACAGGAAAAGGUCACCCUCGCCCUUGCAGGAGCAAACCAGCUCAAGUCCGGUCCAGAGUCAGCAGGGAGUGAGAGAAGCUGCUGCUGCUGCUGCUGCUGCUCCAAAUGCAGAAGCAGCAUACGACAUCAACGAGCAAGAUAUGAGGGGAUCCUUGUACCAGUAUGAAGGAUUCCAGACUAUACAAAGCGCACGCAACAGCGUUAAUCAGGUCGGUUCAGGUUCAAUGGAAGACCUGGCUGAUACGAGUGUCAAUAAUUUCAAUGACAAUGAGACGGUGAGUUGCUGCUUCAAGCAAUCUAUUGGAGACGCCAUGGACAAUGAGGUUCUCCCUCCUCCGGAGAAUGAGCAAGAGGAAAAUGGCAGCCCUGGCAAUGUCGUAAACGAAAAUGACCCGUGCUUCUCGUUCCUUACCUACCAGCAGGAUGAGCAACAGGAGAUCUUUCAGGAUGGCGGGGAGAACGGAGGAACCAAUGGCCAAUCAGGUGGUUCCUCAAAGAAUUCUUCUCCCAACCCUUUGCAGGACAGCCCCGAAUGGUUUGUACAGUCAAGUGCAGAAGACAUUCAGGCUUACGUGGCAAUAGCACGCAACAGCGACUCCAGUGAUUGGUAA